AUGAUGGCCCCGCCACCAUUGGACAAGACAACAGAAUGGAGUCAAAAUUUGAAUGUCACGGUUAUGUGCAAGGACUGCAAGGAGAUUCCACCAAACCUCGUCGAGGAAUUUUCUUCUGGAGACUUGGUCUGCGAUACAUGUGGUGUAGUCAUUGGUGAUCGGAUUGUUGAUACACGCUCCGAAUGGCGUACAUUCUCCAACGAUGAUCAGGGGAAUGAUGAUCCAUCCCGUGUUGGUGACGCUGCUAAUCCUCUUUUGAAUGGUUCUCAACUUUCCACAACAAUUGCAUUUGGUGACAGCUCCGUACGCAGUCGGGAACUUUACCGUGCUCAAGGUAAACAAGGUACAGAUAAAUCAACCAAGGCUUUACUUGCGGCUUACAAGGAAAUCGGUGCUCAUUGCGACGCUGUUAACAUUCCAAAGAACGUUUCCGAUACCGCGAAGCAUCUCUUCAAACUUGUCGAUGAUGCUAAAGCCUUCAAAGGUAAAUCCCAAGAAGCCAUCAUCGCUGGCUGCAUCUUUAUCGCUUGCCGUCAGUGCGAUGUCCCUAGAACCUUUCGUGAAAUUUAUGCCUUGACAAAGGUUUCGAAGAAGGAUAUUGGUAGAACUUUCAAAGCACUUGAAAAAUUCUUUGCUUCAGAUAGUUCAGCCAAGAAGGCGAGGGCUGAAGCCGUUGGUGCUCCUGCAUCUACAGAGAGUUACCAAACAACCACGUCAACCAAUGCCAAAGACCUCUGUACUCGUUACUGCAGUCAACUUGGUCUUAAGAGUCAACAGUUCGUUAAAGUAUCUCAAGGCCUCGCUGAGAAGGUUUCUACCGUUGGUGAUCUCGCUGGUAGAUCACCUCUAUCAGUGGCAGCCGCUUGUAUCUACAUGGCAUCAGCUCUUCUCGGGAAGCCAAAGUCUGCAAAGGAUAUAUCCCAAGUAGCUGGUGUUAGCGAUGGUACUAUUCGUACGGCUUACAAAUACUUGUAUGCCGAUCGAGAGAAACUCAUCGAACCUGAGUGGAUUGCCGAUGGCAAGGGCAAAAUGGAGAACCUACCGGUCAGUUAA